CUGGCCAGGGUGGCUCACCAGUAGUGCCGCAGCCGUCGCGGGGUGAGCUACUACGCUCCCUCACGCCCAAGAUUCUCCCACUCCCCACGCACUUUUCACCCCCACAGCAGCACUUGCCGCUCCUCUGGCCGCACACACACACCUAUAACACCAAAAGUGACAACUUACCCAUGUUAACAGUCUAUCAAGCUGUUUUGCGUGUUAAUAUAAGCAAGGAGGAGAAACAAAAUACGCCCACAGGAACUGGGUCUGUGUUUCGUGCCGACAUUUCACUGUUAAUGGUUUGUUUUGGGGAUGAAAUUGUCGAGAAAUAAGUAUGGCCGACCAUGAAGUGUUGGGAGGGGCGCGUCCGGCCACUGUUGCAGCAGGAAGCACCUUAACAAGUCUUGCAGGAAGGUUGCACAGAUAGUCCACGUGGGUGGCUGUUGUCACGGGAUAGUUACUGCUGAUAGUCAGUGGCAGUAGUGCUGAUAGUGGCAGUAGUGCUGAUAGUGGCAGUAGUGCUGAUAGUCAGUGGCAGUAGUGCUGAUAGUCAGUGGCAGUAGUGCUGAUAGUCAGUGGUGGUUGUAGCACUAAUUUUUCCGUGAACGAAAGGUCGUGAGGUCGUUCAACAACAGUGGUUGCAACAGUAGUGCUUAUAACUAGUGGUUGCAAUAGUAGUGGUUGCAACAGUAGUGGUUGCAACAGUAGUGGUUGCAACAGUAGUGGUUGCAACAAAGCAGUUGGAGGAAGGAGCGGCCGUACCUCAACUAUUAUGUGCCUAAUUUCCCAUGAAUGAGGAGGACGUAGGAGAUAACAGCAGCUGGAACAGCAGUUGCAGCAGCAGCAGCAGUAGUGGUACAGAGUCAUCAUCAUCAGCUCAAUCUAUGGAUCCUGCCUGGCCACUCUCGCCCCGGGCCAUGGCCGCCACCCUGGCUUUAUUAAUGGCCGUCCUCAUCUUUCAUCCUAGUCUGGUGAAUUUCCUAGUGAGCAGUGAAGAUACUUCCAUCAAUUUAAAGUAUGUUCAGAACUUCUAUCUUUGGACCAGACGUCAGAAAAGUGAACCUCAAGAGCUGAAAGUGGGUUCACAUGCACUACUGGCAGCUACCCACUUCUACCCACGCAAAACCUAUGUAAUCAUCCAUGGCUUCCUUGGUUCUGGUACUGAUGGCUGGAUCCUCUCAAUGAAGGAUGCUCUGCUGAGACGCGAGGACUGUAAUGUGAUUAGUGUCAACUGGUCAUCGGGGUCGAUGACUAUUGGAUACUAUGUGAUACAAGGGCGGGUGUCAGGAGUUGGCGAGGACAUAAGCAAGCUCCUUAUAUUUCUCCAGGAUGUAACAGGCUUGACUCCAGACCUUGUUCACCUCAUUGGACAUUCCCUUGGAGCUCAUGCAGCAGGAUUUACUGGAAAGAUGAUGAAUGGUACUCUGUCAAGAAUUACAGGUCUAGACCCGGCGGGACUCAAGUACCACCAGGCUGAGUCAACCGACCGACUAGAUAAAACAGAUGCUGCCUUUGUGGACGUCAUCCACACUCAUGGCUGUACUACCAUUCUUAGCCAGUGGACGGAUUGCUAUGGCAUUGAUGAGAAUUUGGGUGAUGCAGACUUUUGGCCCAAUGGUGGUGAACGCCAGCCUUCUUGUAUGCCUGGAGGAGAUGGUGCUACUGCUGUCAAGGAUGGCAGCAGUUGUGAUCAUGGAAUGGCAUAUGUCCUGUAUACAGAGUCUCUCUUAUACAGUGCAGCCACAACUCGUUUUCUUGCCCGGCCAUGUCUCUCGUGGAAACUGUACAAUACUGGCAUCUGCCCAUGUAGCCAUCCUGCACAGUAUAUGGGAUACAAUGUCAAUACAGAUGUUCAUGGAGUUUUUUACUUGAAUACGAGUAUUACGGCACCCUAUGCUCUCCUGGACCCAGAGUGUUCUGCUGGAGCCUUCUCUACUGUCCAAAUCAUUGGUUUGGUGCUAGUGUCAGUAUUAAUGACCCUCAUGAUAAUACUGGUAAUGUUGGCAUUAGUGCAACAAUACUUUGGUAUACCAGUUGUGACUAGGCUACGAGUGGCUCUAGGAAUGGAUGAAGGUAGCUGGCAAGGAUUUAGAGAGUCACCAUCCACACAGUUACUAGCGGCAGGAGACCAGGUUAUUACUUAAAGAAUCUUACAUCCUGAAGUAUGCACAUUUACCCUCUCUUUAUAAAGCUGUUAGCAUCUACUACAUACAGGUCUCCAUUACUUAAUGCAAUAGGUGCAUUCCUGGCCUAUAAGCAGCCUUGUAUAACAGGUAGAGCAUAGAGAUUUAUUUUGAUUUGGAGAUUCCAUGUUUUUUGUCUGUGAUUACCAAGCAAAUAUAAGCUUUCCACAUGUGCACCAAAUACUCAUACAAAAAAAAAAAAAGAACUUUAUUGAAACACCGCCUAAAAAAAUUACAAAGGUCAACCGUAAUCCCUGUAUAAUACAAAAUCUUAAAAUCUACAUUUCUUUAUUUUCACUAAAUUGUAAGCAUACUAGAU